UUAAAUAUUGAUCAAUAUAUAAAAUACGUAAAUAUUUCAAAACAUACAGUAAACUACAUAUAUAAAUUUCAAAUAUAAUUCAGUAUAAAAUUAAAUAAUUAUUAUUUAAAUUUGUGGCACGCAUGGAAAUGUUUGAAGGUCAAAUAAAUGUAAACAGCUGGCAAUUGACAGAUGAGUAAUUGCAAUAGGGUUAUAUUUGUAUCGUAACGUCAUUCGAAUAAAAUUUUUAUCAAUUUUUGAAUGAAAUACUUCGUGAACAGUUAAUUAUAUAACAUGGCUUCGAAUGUGGAUUUCAGCAAUGACAAUAACAACGACAAUAUAGAAAAAUGUUAUGAAAAUUAUAUUCUAAUUGACGUCGGUGCAAAUUUAACCAAUAAAAAAUAUACCAGGGAUUUAGAUUCUGUAAUACAACGUGCUAAAGACUCAGGUGUUCAAAAAAUAAUGGUAACUGGAACAUCUGUGAAAGGCAGCAAAGAAGCCCUUCGUUUAACCAGGAUAUAUCCAGGCACAUUGUAUUCAACUGCAGGAAUACACCCACAUGAUGCAAAGUCAUACACAGAUGAAUCCUGGUUAGAGUUAAAGCAAUUAGCACAAAAUCCCGAAUGUGUAGCUAUAGGAGAAUGUGGACUGGAUUACAAUAGGAAUUUUUCAGAACCUGACGAACAAAGACAAGUUUUCAGAAAACAUCUAGAACUGGCAGUCGAAUUAAACAAGCCACUGUUUGUACAUGAAAGAGAUGCUCAUGAAGAUUUACUGUCCAUAUUGAAUGAGUACAAGGGGAAACUACCCCCAGUUUUGGUCCAUUGCUUCACAGGUAGCUGUGAGCAUGCACUAGCAUAUCUAAACAAUGGUUUCUACAUAGGAUUAACAGGCUAUUUGUGCAAAGACAAGUCAGACACAGGAGUUCGAAAGCUUCUUGUGGAUGGUUCCAUACCUCUAGAUAAAUUGGUGGUGGAAACAGAUGCACCUUUCAUGUAUCCCAACACACGGGCUUCGAAAUUACCUGUUCACGUCAAAGAUGGGUUAACUGAAAGAUCCAUGACAUUUUUGCACAGAUACUGCACUUUCCAAAGAAACGAACCCUGUUCGUUACCGGCAAUUGUGGAGAUGGUGGCCGCUUUUAUGAAUAAAAAACCGGAAGAAGUCGCCUUGGCCACGUCUUUUAACGCCAUGAAGUUGUUUGGCCUGUCCUAAUAUCGAAUAUUUUGUUUUUAUAUCUUCUGGUUCCUUAAACUUCGAUCCGAAUCGAUAGGUCGUUUAGUUGCCGACAAAUAUUUCUUGCUUAGUACGAAAUUGCCAUGUAUUUUCAGUAAAAUCAAUAUUUAUCUAUUUUUUUUUAAUGUAUAUUUUUUUACGUUUCUUUCUUCAACCCUAUUUAUUUUUUUAAUGUUGUCAAAGGAAUAUUUAUACACCCUUACAUAUACACUUUUUAUAAAAUUCUAGUUGUGAUAUUAUUUUUACAUAAUUAACAACAUUUAAGGUGCCUUAUAGUUAUAUAUUUUAUUAAGAAUAUACGAAUUGACUGUUUAAA